AUACACAACUAACAAAACCUGGCGUAUAUAGAGUCACAAAUUCAGUGCCUUCACUUUGGUAAGCAGCAACCCAAAAAUGGCUGCUUUCUCCCUGCCUCUCACUCCUCCUCCAUCGUUCACAACCCUCUGCUCUUCUCUGCAUUACACAACCACCACCAAACUCAACCCCAGAAAACAGUUGACUACCAAGAAAAGGCACACCACCAUUAUAGUUAAAGCUUCAGAGAAGAAGGAAGAAACUGACGAAGACACACCAGCCUUCAAUCCCUUUGGUUUUGUGACAGAUAACCCGUCAAGCAGGGGCGCCAUUCAGCUCCCUGCAAGCCCUGCCGAAGACGGCAAUGUCGGCCAAAUGAUCUAUAGGAUAGAGGACAAGGGAAAGGAAUAUGGCUCCUACAUUAAAUCUGGCAAGUUCAGAUGGUUUGUUAGGGAAACAGGGUCACCUGAAAGCCGGCGUGGGACAAUUGUCUUCCUUCAUGGCGCUCCGACACAAUCUUACAGCUACAGAGUCGUCAUGUCCGAGAUGUCGAAUGUCGGGUUUCGCUGUUUGGCUCCUGACUGGAUAGGAUUUGGUUUCAGCGACAAGCCACAACCAGGAUAUGGUUUUAAUUACACAGAAAAGGAGUUCCAUGAAGAGUUUGAUAAAUUACUCAAUGUUCUGGGUGUUACAUCCCCUUUCUUCCUAGUUGUUCAGGGCUUUCUUGUAGGUUCAUUUGGACUGACGUGGGCCUUGAAAAACCCAAGCCAGAUAUCGAAGCUGGCGAUAUUAAACAGUCCAUUAACAGCUUCAUCUCCUGUCCCAGGAUUGUUUCAGCAACUGAGAAUUCCUCUUUUUGGUGAAUUCACAUGCCAGAAUGCUGUGAUGGCUGAGCGAUUCAUUGAAGCAGGUAGCGCUUAUGUUCUGAAGGUAGAAAAGGCAGAUGUCUACCGGCUACCAUAUUUGUCAAGCGGUGGACCUGGAUUUGCCUUGCUUGAGGCUGCAAGAAAAGCUAACUUCCAGCAAACAGCAACUCAAAUUGCUUCUGGCUUUUCGUCUGGGAGCUGGGACAAACCCAUAAUGCUUGCAUGGGGUGUAUCAGACAAGUAUCUACCGCAAUCAGUGGCCGAGGAAUUCCAAAAAGGAAACCCUUCAAUGAUCAAACUUAAGUUGAUAGAGGGUGCAGGUCAUAUGCCACAAGAAGACUGGCCUGAAAAAGUCGUGGAAGCUUUGAGGAUGUUCUUGCUAUGAAGAUGUCCCGUCUUGAUUGUCUUUUCUGUUAAAGCUUUUGCUACUCUUAAAGGUAAGUAGCUGAUUCCAAGACUUGUGCUGGAAAUUGCAUAAUAUUCAGAAGUUCAUUGAAUCUGUGAGAUAUGCUUUUUGUCACUACUGAAAAGAACCGUGUAAAAUGCCCGUGGCAUAUAGAUAGAUUGUAUCGCAGUGCAAAAUCUGUAUUUGAAUUUGUUUUUCAGUGGAACCAGUGUAAUUCUUAAUUCUAUCUUGACGUGUGAUUGACAUAAUCUAUUA